UGUUUUGGUAGCAACGGCAACAGCGGCGGCGAGUCCCGGCCCGGCUCCCGGCAGCUCCUCGCUCUUGGCGGGCCUCCCCGCCCCUUCGUCGUCGUCCUUAUACCCCUCGCCAGCUCGGCCGCCCCCCCAGCCGCACUGUUGCGCGCCUCUCCGCUCGGCUCCCGUGCGUCCCUGCCGCGCUCCGGUGUCUCCUCCGCGCGCUCGGCUCUCGGUUGUCCCCGCCCGGCGUGCGAGCCGGUGUAUGGGCCCCUCACCAUGUCACUGAAGCCCCAGCAGCAGCAACAGCAGCCGCCCGCGGGUGCCACUGUCCGCAAGCCCAGCGGCGGCCUUCUCACAUCGCCUAUCACCGCGCCGUCACCGUCCUCAGUCUCGUCAUCCUCGGUCACGGCUUCCUCCUCCUCCUCCUCUUCGUCCUCCUCCUCUUCUUCCUCGGCGGCUGCAGGCAGCGGGCGGCCUGGCUUGGGCAGAGGUCGAAAUAGUAGCAAAGGACUGCCUCAGUCUACGAUUUCUUUUGAUGGAAUCUAUGCAAAUAUGAGGAUGGUUCAUAUACUUACAUCAGUUGUUGGAUCCAAAUGUGAAGUUCAAGUGAAAAACGGAGGUAUAUAUGAAGGAGUUUUUAAAACAUAUAGUCCUAAGUGCGAUUUGGUGCUUGAUGCUGCACAUGAGAAAAGUUCAGAAUCUGGUUCAGGCCCAAAACGUGAAGAAAUAAUGGAGAGCAUUUUGUUCAAAUGUUCAGACUUUGUUGUGGUGCAGUUUAAAGAUAUGGACUCCAGUUAUGCAAGAAGAGAUGCUUUUACUGACUCCGCGAUCAGUGCUAAAGUGAAUGGUGAACACAAAGAGAAGGACCUGGAGCCCUGGGAUGCAGGUGAACUCACAGCCAGUGAGGAACUAGAAGCUUUGGAAAAUGAUGUAUCUAAUGGAUGGGAUCCCAAUGAUAUGUUUCGAUAUAAUGAAGAAAAUUAUGGUGUAGUGUCUACAUAUGAUAGCAGUUUAUCUUCAUAUACGGUGCCCUUAGAAAGGGAUAACUCAGAAGAAUUUUUAAAACGAGAAGCAAGGGCAAACCAGUUAGCAGAAGAAAUUGAAUCAAGUGCUCAGUACAAAGCUCGGGUGGCCCUGGAAAAUGAUGAUAGGAGCGAGGAAGACAAGUACACAGCAGUUCAGAGAAAUCCCAGUGAACGCGAGGGGCACAGCGCAAACACUAGGGAAAAUAAAUAUAUUCCUCCUGGACAAAGAAAUAGAGAAGUCAUAUCUUGGGGAAGUGGGAGACAGAAUUCACCGCGUAUGGGCCAGCCUGGAUCCGGCUCCAUGCCAUCAAGAUCCACUUCUCACACUUCAGAUUUCAACCCGAAUUCUGGUUCAGACCAAAGAGUAGUUAAUGGAGUUUUUAUACUUUCCUUCAUAUCAUUUGUUCUGUCAGGUGUUCCCUGGCCAUCGCCUUGCCCAUCUCCUUCCUCUCGCCCACCUUCUCGCUACCAGUCAGGUCCCAACUCUCUUCCACCUCGGGCAGCCACCCCUACACGGCCGCCCUCCAGGCCCCCCUCGCGGCCAUCCAGACCCCCGUCUCACCCCUCUGCUCAUGGUUCUCCAGCUCCUGUCUCUACUAUGCCUAAACGCAUGUCUUCAGAAGGGCCUCCAAGGAUGUCCCCAAAGGCCCAGCGGCACCCUCGAAAUCACAGAGUCUCUGCUGGGAGGGGUUCCAUAUCCAGUGGUCUAGAAUUUGUAUCUCACAACCCACCAAGUGAAGCAUCUACUCCUCCAGUGGCAAGGACCAGCCCCGCAGGGGGAACGUGGUCAUCAGUGGUCAGUGGGGUUCCAAGAUUAUCUCCCAAAACUCAUAGACCUCGGUCUCCCAGACAGAACAGUGUUGGAAGUACUGCCGGUGGGCCGGUUCUUGCUUCUCCUCAGGCUGGCAUUAUUCCAGCUGAAGCUGUUGCCAUACCUGUUCCAGUUGCGUCUCCCACACCUGCAAGUCCUGCAUCCAACAGAGCUGUAACCCCGUCUGUUGAGGCCAAAGACUCCAGGCUUCAAGAUCAGAGGCAGAACUCUCCUGCAGGGAAUAAAGAAAAUACUAAACCCAGUGAAACUUCACCUACUUUCUCAAAAACUGAAAGUAAAGGUAUAUCACCAGUUGUUUCUGAACAUAGAAAACAGAUUGAUGAUUUAAAGAAAUUUAAGAAUGACUUUAGGUUACAGCCAAGUUCCACUUCUGAAUCUAUGGAUCAAGUACUAAAUAAAAAUAGAGAGGGAGAAAAAUCAAGAGAUUUGAUCAAAGAGAAAAUUGAACCAAGUGCUAAGGAUUCUUUCAUUGAAAAUAGCAGCAGCACCUGCACUAGUGGCAGCAGCAAGCCGAAUAGCCCCAGCAUCUCCCCAUCAAUACUUAGUACUACGGAGCACAAGCGGGGACCCGAGGUCACAUCCCAAGGGGUCCAGACUUCUAGCCCAGCGUGUAAACAAGAGAGAGACGAUAAAGAGGAGAAGAAGGAUGCAGCUGAGCAAGUUAGGAAGUCAACAUUGAAUCCCAAUGCCAAGGAGUUCAACCCUCGUUCUUUUUCUCAGCCAAAGCCUUCUACCACCCCAACUUCACCUCGGCCUCAAGCACAACCUAGCCCUUCUAUGGUGGGUCAUCAACCGCCAACUCCAGUUUAUACUCAGCCUGUUUGUUUUGCACCAAAUAUGAUGUAUCCAGUUCCAGUAAGCCCGGGCGUGCAACCUUUAUACCCAAUACCCAUGACGCCUAUGCCAGUGAAUCAAGCCAAGACAUAUAGAGCAGGUAAAGUACCAAAUAUGCCCCAGCAGCGGCAAGACCAGCACCAUCAGAGCACCAUGAUGCACCCCGCUUCAGCAGCAGGCCCGCCCAUCGUAGCCACGCCCCCAGCGUACUCCACUCAGUAUGUGGCCUACAGUCCUCAGCAGUUCCCAAAUCAGCCGCUGGUCCAGCAUGUGCCGCACUAUCAGUCUCAGCACCCCCAUGUCUACAGUCCUGUGAUACAGGGGAAUGCUAGAAUGAUGGCGCCGCCAGCACACGCCCAGCCCGCCUUGGUGUCUUCAUCAGCAACUCAGUACGGCGCUCAUGAGCAGACGCAUGCCAUGUAUGCAUGUCCCAAAUUACCAUACAACAAGGAGACAAGCCCUUCUUUCUACUUUGCCAUUUCCACGGGCUCCCUCGCUCAGCAGUACGCACACCCUAAUGCUACCCUGCACCCACAUACUCCACAUCCUCAGCCUUCAGCUACCCCCACUGGACAGCAGCAGAGCCAGCAUGGUGGAAGUCAUCCUGCACCCAGUCCUGUUCAGCACCAUCAGCACCAAGCCGCCCCGGCGCUCCACCUGGCCAGUCCACAGCAGCAGUCAGCCAUUUAUCACGCAGGGCUUGCGCCGACCCCACCUUCCAUGACGCCUGCCUCCAAUACGCAGUCGCCACAGAAUAGUUUCCCAGCAGCACAGCAGACCGUCUUCACAAUUCAUCCUUCUCAUGUUCAGCCAGCAUACACCAACCCGCCCCACAUGGCCCAUGUACCUCAGGCUCAUGUACAGUCAGGAAUGGUUCCUUCUCAUCCAACUGCCCAUGCGCCAAUGAUGCUAAUGACGACACAGCCACCCGGCGGUCCCCAGGCCGCCCUCGCUCAAAGUGCACUACAGCCCAUUCCAGUCUCGACAACAGCGCAUUUCCCCUAUAUGACGCACCCUUCAGGUGAGGCGUGUGUGUGCAGGGGCCGCCGGGGCACCCCAAGCAUUCUGCUUGCACAGGUUGAAUGGCAGGCAGGGCCAACGCUGCAAGCUCUGCGCUCGAAAAUAGCAAGACCCAUCCAAGACUGCCCAGAAGGGACUUCGAUGAUCAGUCAGUGUCAGGGCCUGAGGCUUCCGGGAGCCGGUCUGUGUGUGUUCUGAUGGUAUGCAGGAUGUGGCUUGAUGAACAGCAGCAGCUGCCGCAUUCGGGUUGCUGGUGCAUGCCUAGGGCUCAGUUGGCCUUCUGUUACACCAGGCUGGGCAGGCAGUGUGUUCCUUCCUGAGUCCCCACAGGCUGACAGGCGGGGGGUUAUGGCCAUGGCAGUUUGCUUGUAGCUUGGAGAAGAGACUGAUGAGCAGGUGCUGUAUGUGGACUGGUUGGAGUGUAGGGUCAGCCUCAGCCUACACCCUGACGGGGGACGCCCUUGCUGGUGCUCCAGUACUGGAUGGCUGCCAUGGCGGUACCGCAGUCUCACCUGUUCCUCUGAAAGCAAUGCUGGUGCUUGGCUACUAUUUGGGGAGGGGGUAUGGCAGGGCCUUUUCUCCUUCCCCGAUCAAGUCUUAUGGGAGCUUUAUCUGAAGAGGUUUUCCGUCUGACUGGUUUGUUCUACCCACUCACCUCCCCGUCCUUCCCCACCUUGGUGCAGACGGGAGCGGGGCAGUGAAUUGAACUGAGUCUUGUUCAGCUAGCCAAGGGUAGUUCAGUCUGCUGCAGAGACACUAGGCUGAUGCACAGUGUUGCCAGUGUUCUGUUUAAAUGUGCACUUUUCUUUUUUACAGUACAAGCCCACCACCAACAGCAGUUGUAAGGCUGCCCUGGAGGAACCGAAAGGCCAAAUUCCCUCCUCCCUUCUACUGCUUCUACCAACUGGAAGCACAGAAAACUAGAAUUACAUUUAUUUUGUUUUUUAAAAUAUAUGUUGAUUUCGUGUAACAUUCAAUAGGAAUGCUAACCGUUCACUUGCAGUGGAAGAUAUUCGGACCGAGUAGAGGCGUUUAGGAACUGGUGGGCUGUUCCAUAAUUCCACGUGCUGUUUCAGAGUCCCGCAGGUACCCCAGCUCUGCUUGCUGAAACUGGAAGUUAUUUAUUUUUUAAUGGCCCUUGAAAGUCACGAACACAUCAGCUAGCAAAAGAAGUAACAAGAGUGAUUCUUGCUGCUAUUAUCGCUUAAAAAAAAUCAAGACUUAGAACACCCUUUUACUAAACUUGACAAAGGUUCAGUAAAUUCUUACCGUCAAACUGACGGGUUAUUAUUUAUAAAUCAAGUUUGAUGAAGUGAUCACUGUCUACAGUGGUUCAACUUUUAAGUUAAGGGAAAAACUUUUACUUUGUAGAUAAUAUAAAAUAAAAACUUAAAAAAAAUUAAAAAAUAAAAAAAGUUUUAAAAACUGGUAAUAA